AUAAUCGUAACCAUGACUGUUCGGCUUUAGCCGAUGGUUUUGUUUGUUUACUUAUUAUUUGUCCUCUGUUUAUUAGCGGUUCUAACUAAAUUAUACUUAUAAAUGUUAUACUUUAAUUUAAUCUAUAAGCAGCAAAAUUUAUAAAUAAAUUUUUGUGUUCUGUUUUCAAAAUGGAUCACAUAUAUUCUGUUCUUAGAAAAAUUACUCCCAGUGCCUCUACUAACACGGAUUGGAUUACUGAAGGAAAAGCAGUACUGUCACUUUCAAGUCGAAAUACAAUUGCUUUUACAUCAACUACAGAUCUUCUUGAUAGCACAGCUAAAAUUUCAAGGAUCCAUGUUUAUGUUGCUGAUUUGAAUAUGCCAUGGGAAGCAUACAAAGUUCUGAGUCAUAAUGAAGAUAUAACAUGUGUUGAGUGGGACAUAAGUGCUACAAAAUUACUCAUAGCUGAUGCAGUUGGUUGCAUUCAAGUGUGGGUAAUGAAUGAUUUUCUGUUGAAUGAUUGGGUACAAAUCACCUCUACUACUUAUGAAGAAUACAUUUUAUCAGCCGCUUGGUUCCAUAAUGGUAAAAAAAUUGCUCUAAAUAUGGAUAAGAAAGACAAUCAUCUGUAUUUAGAAAAAUAUUCUUUUACCCGAUUUGGACCUUCAGUCAAACAGUUUGGAGGAAAACCUAGUGAAGGCUUGAUUGCCAUAACAACAGCUGGAAUGGUAUUUGUUCUAAUUCUCCAAUCAGAUGGGAGCAUAAUAACUUCCUCAGAGAUUUUGGGACAGUUUAGAAGUAAAAUAAAAGUUGUGGAUCUGUGUUAUGCUAAAAGUGGAGAUUUUUUAGUAGUUGCCACGGAUGGACUUGUCCAGUCAUCUGUUCAUUGCUAUAGAGUUGGAUUAAAAGUUAAUCAGGAUGAAUGCAUAAUCAGCUGCCAACCAUUUUCAAGCUUUUAUUUAAAUUGUCAUUCCAACUGUCUACUUGGAGAAAAACAAGCUUAUACAAAAGUUACUCAUCUCAAAUUCAUCCUUCGAGAGGCAGCUGAUGCUGUUGUUAUAACUGCAUCUGGUCCAACUGGAAGCACUGUUGAAUUAUGGGAACUGAGAGAGAAACCUGUGAUAUUUCAUAAAUUGAUAAAUACUGCUGCUUUGGAAACUCAACCUAAAACAGUGGUAUGGCAACAUCAUACAUCAUCAACUUCUCCUUCAGGGGUAGUGGCAGUUGCAACUCCCCGUUUAUCCAUUUAUGAUGCAAAUCCUCCUCCAUCUUAUAUCCUUGUAGCUUACAAAGAUAAUUCCAUCAAGUGCUUUUAUAGGGAAUCCUUACAAAUAGUGGGAAAUAUUUGUGUUAACACUGGAAUUCACAGGAGGGACGAACAUUCAAUGUACAGUCACCAGUCAGGCAUGAAACAGUACAUGCAUGGAGCUGCAGUCAGUGACAUGCAACUCUCAUGGACGGGUUGCACGGUUAUAGCCAUUGACUCAUUGUCUCAAUUAUUCUUAUAUCGAUUGGGACCAAUUACUGAUCCAGGUGGUCCAAUGAGUGUGUCAUAUGCUUUAACCGUUUUAGAGUACUGCUUAAUGACGGGUACAGACUGGUGGGAUGUUGUUCUUGGUUUGAGGCCUGGUUUGAUAGAAACAAUCUGUGAAAAAUUAACGGAGUCAUUUAACAGGCAGCCUAUGGCUUCCCAACAGGGAUGGAUUUCUCGGUUUUUGUCUAUUAAAGGAUCUCUUUAUAGGUGUUUAAGUAAUGGGCAAGCCAAGGCUGGUGAUUGUCAUGCUCUUGUUAUGUUGAACGCAGUUUCUGCUGCAAUGAAAGGGUUAUUGCGUCCCAGAGAUUUAUCAAAUCAGGAUAAAGGUCCAGUAGAGAAUCUUACUGCUAUAUUGACAAACAAGCCUACUGAUACAAUAAUGCAGUUGGACAAAUUGUUGCUUCACCUGGAGCAUAAAGAAUUCACAGUGGAACCAAAUAUCUUAGUUUCAUUACAAAACCUGAUACAGUGGGUUGCUGAUUGUGCUAUUUACCUGCUUGCUUCACUGCCGUAUCAGUCCCAAAGUCAUUUGAGAUUCCCGGGGGGAGGUUUAAUCUCAGAUGCCAAGUCACUUAAUAAUUUACGAGAACUUCUUGUCAUCAUAAGAAUAUGGAGCUUUUUGAAUGAAAGCUGUCUACCUGUGUUUACAAAAAUGUCAGAUAAUUUGGAUGUUCUAUCACUUUUGUUUAAAUUGUUGACAAAAACUCUAAUUACACAUGGAUCAGAACCUGAGGAUACUUUAUUAGAUGAAUGUAGCCUUCUCCCGAACCAAGUGCUUGUACCGAUAAUUGAAUUAGGAACACAAGCUUUAGGUGUUGCUAGCCCAGCCCUGUUCAUGAACUCUUUACCUUUACAAUUUGAGUACAACUCUCAACCUGAGUUCUUACGGUACAACAGUAAAGUUCAUACCAUUGAAGGGACCAUUCCUCAAUUUCACAAGACUGAUAUUGUAAGGCAUGUUAGUUUGGGACGUAAUCCAUCACUUGUGAGACAAUGUACAAGAUGUUACAGUUCCUCCAUGUUAAAAGCUGGAGUACGAUCAGCUGCCACAAGAGUUUGGGAUCAACGUUGGUUGAGGUUUUGUCCUUGUGGUGGUCAGUGGAGACUGCACAUUGCUCAAAAAUGAUUGUACUCUUUGAUCAACCAAAUUUUGUAAUAUUUAUUUUAUGCAUCUUAAACGUAAGUGCUUGUAAAUAUCAUUUACUUGAGACUUUAUAUCAAGUUAUAUUACAUGUUUGAAAUUGUUGAUAAUAUUUUUAUUAUUUGUUUGAUAAUUUAAGAUUUUUUCUUCCUUUCCAAACAGUAUUUCCUGUUAAUAUCAAUGCAUUUUUUUCAAAUCUCAUUUUUAAAUGUGUUUUUUUUUUAUCAAAGUAUGAUGUACGUGUAUGCCGCAUUAGUUUAUGGGAAGAAAUACUUUUUGCAUAGUAACAUAAAAACUUCAAAAACAUUUUUUCCAAAUUACAAAUUAAAAUUUAAUGAAAAAUAGAAUUUAAAAGAAGUAAAUGUUA